CUUCUACAGUCCUCUAGGGCUGCUGCAUCAAAAACACCUGUGGUGUAGGCCUACAGUCAGGUUCAUUGUUAACCGCACAUUUGCAGUUUCGCUGCUUUUAUACUUACGAUAUUAAUGUUAAAGCUGUCAGACUCCUUUAGUUGUUCACUGCGGGUCACAAUGAAAAUUUAGCAACCAUAUCCGAACACCCUGUACAGCUACGCAGUUCCGGUUAAACGUCAAUUUUGGGCUUGUGUUCAUGAGCAACGCACACUGACCGGACUGACUGAUCUAGCUUACUUCAGAAGUGGAUUCUUUUGAGAGAACAAGAUACAAUAAUGUCUUAUAUAUUUGAUUGGCUGUACAGAGGAUUCAGCAGUAUGUUACAAAUAUUAGGAUUAUAUAAAAAGAGUGGAAAGCUAGUUUUUCUUGGAUUAGACAAUGCUGGAAAAACAACGUUAUUACACAUGCUUAAAGAUGACCGACUUGGACAGCACGUUCCAACACUUCACCCAACAUCUGAGGAACUGAGUAUUGCUGGGAUGACUUUCACAACAUUUGACCUGGGAGGUCACGCUCAAGCAAGAAGAGUUUGGAAGAAUUAUCUUCCAGCAAUAAAUGGAAUAGUCUACCUUGUUGACUGUGCUGACCAUGAACGCCUACUAGAAGCCAAAAUUGAACUGGAUGCCCUCUUAACUGAUGAAACCAUCUCCAAUGUGCCAAUCCUUAUUUUGGGGAAUAAAAUCGACCGUCCAGAAGCAAUUAGUGAGGAUGCACUUAGAAGAAUGUUUGGUCUAUGUGGACACACCACUGGAAAGGGAAAUGUAUCGCUGAAAGAAGUCAGUCUGAGGCCAAUGGAAGUCUUUAUGUGCAGUGUUUUGAAGAGACAAGGAUAUGGUGAAGGCUUUCGAUGGCUUUCUCAGUAUAUUGAUUAAAAUAAUGUUACUGGACAAGUUAUUAAUUAAAAACCCAUGUGCCCUUAUUUAUUUAUUAUCCACCUUGUAAUAGAACUGUAGUAAUAAGGGGUGUUAUAUAUUUUGUCAUCUGUGCCCUCCGGUGUGGGGAGAGAUAAGGAUCUAAGAUACACAUUCAUUUAACAUGUUAGGAAUCAGUUACAUAGAUACCUGAAACUUUCUAAGCAUUCAUUUAUGCUGUUUCCUUUUCUAAAAGCAGGGUUAGAUGUAUAAAAUGCUAGAGCUGGGUUAUUUUAAGAUACUGCAUCCUGUAACAGAACACUUACAUGUACAAAGGUAUGUUUAUUUGAAUUGGACACUUUUAAUCAGGUAAAUAUCACUUGUGCUGUGAUAUGAUGUUAAAAUCAACACAUGAUACAAAAUUUGUGUUUUGUCUUCACGUUACAUAUUACCUCUGUGCCUUAAUGCUAGUGGCUGGUGGUCUUUUUUAUGAUACGCAUUUCAGUGGCAUUAUCACAGUGAAGUGAUAAGGUGUGGAUUGCCAGGGUAUGCAAUGGAAUAUUUAUUUGUAUCUAAUAUUUAAAAGUACAAAUGUUUGAUAUUUGAAUGCAGUAUUUUGAUACCUUUUGAAACUGUUCUGAUUUAGCACUCUUCAGCUCCAGUGAUGUGUCUAUAUUGGUCUGUUUCAGCACUAGACUACCUAAUUGAUUCAUGCAACAAGUACUUUUUGACUGUCAGCUGUGAUUUAUUUGCAGUAAUGGCAUGAGAGUACAUUUUAAUUGAUAGAAAAGAUGCCUGUGCAAUACAGUGUGCCAUAUUACUAGGUCACUUUAACUCCUACGUGUAAAUAGGCUUAUGAGAAAGGAUUGGGGUUUAAAGGCUGGUUAUCAUUUCAAAUGGCUAAUUGAGUACAUGCCACUUGUAGCACAACAUUUGUGCAAUGUUUUUUGAAUUA